GGAGGUUUCAGUCUCGGUGAAUGCUAGAUACAACCUGCGGGUAUUCAGCAGCUGCAGGAGGCGGGGUGCAGGUGUGGCAGCUCCCGGUAGGUGCCUGGGAAUAGAAACUCCUCGGUACGCCCGCGAAGGGAAGCGACGGAGCCGAUCGGCCCACGGAAACAUAUUUUUUUAUAUAUUUUUGAUCGACAAAGUUCCGCUGUUUGGAGGAGAGAAAAAACGCUUUGAAGAUGACUAUGGAGCCGUUCCGCUCGGCCUUGUCCUUAGGGGCCAGUGAGGACACGUCCCUCGCCCUCCCGUCAGAUACGAACCUGCGGACGGGCCAGCGCCGCGUCCUGGACCAGGUUACCACCAUCAAGCGGAGCAAGUUGAGGCAGAGUAAAAGUGGAUCCAUUUCGCCUACAAGUCCGCAGAAUGACGCAGUCUUCAGUGAAUUUCGGACAUUCAAGUUUUCUACAGGCAAGAAGAACAGCAGUUUUCUCCUACGAAACAGCUCAAGUUCAAAGUCGGCCUAUAUGCAGAAUUCACAGGCCAGGCAGAGCCACUCCCUACCCAUGGGCCCAGUCAUGCGAAUGACGAGCUGCAACAGCCAAUGGGAUCAGCGUUUGCACUCCAUGUACGGCGAAAACCCGCCGCAGGUCUCCAAUGGCCUGAAGCCCAGUAAGAGCGACCCUACCCUGAUCAAGGCCACACGUGCCACCCUGCCCUCCCGCAUGCAGAGGGCCAGCAUUCACUCCACCGGCAACAACAGCUCCCAGGUGAUGGUGAACAAUGCCACCAAGGUGGUUAGCAGCCAUAACCGGCUUCUUCAGGCUGCCACAAGCCCCCCCAAUGGUGACUCUAAGACGAUGCUCACCAAGGCCAAGACCGAGCUUACGGGGGUCAACGGGAGUGGCAGCGGGACGGACAUGACCGUCAAAGAGGCCGUGGAGCUCCUGUCCAGUCCAGACGAGAAACUCCAACUCUGUGGUGCCUCCUUCAUCCAGCACAGCACCUUCAAGGAGGACCAAGCCAAGCAGGAGGUGCUCCGGCAAAAUGGCAUCCCCGGCCUGGUGGCCCUCCUGCGCAACCCCAGCCCGCAGAUCCAGCAGACGGCCGCCGGCGCUUUGCGCAACCUGGUGUUCAGAGACACUGACAACAAGAAGGAGGUGCAGCAGUGUAAAGGGAUAGAGGAGGCGCUGGCGCUGCUCAAGGACACGGAUUCCAGUGAGACGCAGCGUCAGCUGGCAGGUCUCCUGUGGAACCUGUCCUCGGAAGACAGCCUGAAGCCGGUGCUGAUUCAGAGGGCCCUGCCCGUGCUCACGGAGAACGUGGUGGUGCCUUUCACCGGCUGGUCCGACACUAGCACUAAUCGGCACAUCGACCCCGAGGUCUUCUGCAGCACUACGGGCUGCCUGAGGAACCUGAGCUGCGCCAGGGAUAAGGAGCGACAGGCCAUGCGGGACAGCCCCGGGUUGAUCGAGGCACUCGUCACCUACAUUAAGAACUGCGUGGCGGUGGAGAAGCCAGAUGACAUGUCAGUGGAGAACUGUGCCUGUAUCCUUCACAACCUCACCUACCAGCUGGAGACGGAGGCUUCUGAACAUCUCAGUAGCUUCAGCACACUGUCGGCCUCCAGGAGCUCAUCCAGCAGGAAGACCAGCCUUGGCUGCUUCAGUCCGCAGAGCAGCAAGGUCGAUCAGGAGAUUGCCUGUGAGAACCCAGUGGUGGAAGAGGCUGAUCCAAAAGGCCUUGGCUUGCUUUACCACUCCAGAACUAUUCAGACCUACCUUUACCUCUUGGGAGCCAGCCAGAAGGAUGCCACCUUGGAGGCCUGCGCAGGAGCCCUGCAGAACCUCACAGCCAAUAAGGGACCAUUCUCUAAAGCCAUGAGCCAGACCAUUGUGCAGAAGCUGAAUGGCCUGCAGUACAUCCAGCCGCUGCUGCAGAACUCCAACCCUAGUCUACAGAAGACCGUGGUGUCUCUGGUGGGGAACCUGUCCAGGAACCCAGUCCUGACGAGCAACCUGGCCCCGCAUGUGGCGCCAAAGCUCGCCGCGAUCCUGACCACCAAUGCCAACGACAAGGGGAGUUCAGAUGAUACCUUGGCAACCGUGUGCCGCACCUUCCACACUCUGCUGCUGGCAGAGCCAGAGCUGACCAAGAAGGUGGUUAACGGAGACCUGGUCAGCUCGCUAAACGACCUCAGCCGCAAGGGGUCCCUGCCAAAAGCCAACAAUGUCGCCUCCGUCCUUCUGUACAGCCUCUGGUCAGAGAAGGACGUUCAGGGCUUCUUGAAGAAGCAAGGAAUGUCUAAGUCUUCUUUUGUGAAUGACAUCACCAGCCGCGCCCACAAGUCUGCUCAGGUCGUUGAAUGAGGCGUCGCCCUGGACACCGCUUGUCGGACAGAGGUGGGGGACACGCUUCUGUCUGCUGGCUCGGUCACCAUUAUGUUUGGUGAUUUCACACAGUGCGGACAUUGUCGUAAAUUUAAAUGUCUAUUUUCUUAAGUGGAAAAGUGUUUUUAAUCAUUAAAUUCAGUAGGUCUGGGAAUUAAAAAAAAAAACAAAACAUUUUUAUGAUAUUCACAGGUGGAGCAAAAGCUUUUAAAACAAGUUGCCAGUGUUAAUGCUACAUGCGGUCACAUUUUCUGGACAUGUUGAUGGAUUUUUUUUUUUAAACACUUUGCUAUGCCUGCUGUAAACGCAUGUCUGCUGAUUUCCUGUAUUUGAUUUGGUUUCUGAUGUUAGCUGUAACUGUGUUUCUUGGUGUUCCUGUGUGUCUGGGUAU